GACUUAAUAUCGGUAAUGCAUAAGUUUCAAAACCUUGAACAAUUAGAUAUCAGUAAUAAAGAAUUUAAAAGAGAACAUAUCAAAGAAUUAGAGACUCAUCGUAGAUUAAAAGAAGUCAAAUUUAUCGGAUCAGAUGUUUUAGAUCAAGAUGCAAAACUUUAUUUAGCAUAUAGGAAAA